UUUCACUCUCCUAAUGAAAAGCGCAAUUUCAUUACCUUCAGAUCAAUUUUAUGAUUCUAAAAGAAUCGGAAACAUUGCUGGAAUUCAAAAACGUCCAGCCUUCUUUGUUGGGAGUCGCUAUGGACGAUCCGGAAGUACAGCAUAUGAUGAAAGUUUAAAAUCCAGACGAAUUUUUAUUGUUCCGCGAAACGAACAUUUCUUUCUUGGCUCCCGGUAUGGAAAACGAGGGGGAAAAUACUUACGCCUUACGAGGGGAAUAAACAUGCUGAUAGUCAGGAAAGGAUUUGGAAACAGUGGGAAAGAACGAACACUAUACUUAAGCUUUAUAAUCAUACAUAUUCUGAUGCGAAAUACUUAACUAAUAUGUAAAAGUAAUAUCAAUG